GAGCAAGACAAUGGAUCUGGUUGGAUAUAGUUGGCUUGCGCGGCCACGUACGAAAGAAGAGCGUGAAGCGGUCGAGCACUGAAGAAGGCAUCGUCACGAUGUCCACCAACGCAAAGAAAUCGGAUUCAACUGCGACUGCUGAAAAGGAUCAGAAGAAAGCAGGCGAUGCUCAGCAAAAACCAUCCUCUAGUUCUCAGCAGCAACCUUCGGAUGACAGCUCAAAACGCAAGGAACCCGAUAAACAAUCCAAGUACCGAGUGAUGUAUACCGCCAAGGACCCGCGCUAUCCAACCUACGUUAUCAUUGACAAACUCUACCUGCCCAUGGACGUGGACGUGAAAUCGUUCAGCUUUGCAGUGUCCUACAGGCCGUCAAAGGAUGACAUCAUCGUAAUCUCGUAUCCGAAGUGUGGAGGUGUCUGGGUGGCUCAGAUCGUCUACCUCUUGCUCAAUAACUGCAUUCCUCUUCAAGAUGGCGAUAGCUUCUCACGAGCCGUGCCUGUACUGGAACAGGAAGGUCAGACUCUAAUAAAAGACCGUGGCGGGGACCGAGAGCCGAAAGUGGUUCGUACUCACCUUCCGUAUCACAAGAUGCGCAUCAACCCGAUGGCCAAGUACAUCUACAUAACGCGCAAUCCAAAGGAUAGCUGCGUGGCCCUUUACGACUACAUUUUGGCCAACACUACCGUGUUUCGCUUCAAAGACGGCAAUUUCGAUAAUUUCUUCGAGUGGUUCAUUCGAGGGAAGGUAUGCUACAACGACUACUUCGCUCACAUCGUGCCCUAUUGGCUGCACCGCAAGGACUGUCACGUGCUCUUCUGCACCUACGAGAACAUGACGCUCGACCACAAGAGCCACAUCAUCAUGAUAGCAAACUUCAUCGGUGGCGUAGCAGGGACGAUGGUGAGGGAGCGCCACAUGCUGAAGAGGCUGAUCAGCAGAAGCUCAUUCGCCUUCAUGUACAAGAUGUAUAGGGACCACGCGCAGCUGGGAAAUAUGUCGAGAGGCCGGAUCGGAGAAUGGAAGAACUGGAUGACACCUGCGCAGGCAUCGCGCGUCGACCAAGAGUUCCACAAGCGAUUCGGCACGAGCGAGAUUGCAAACCUGUGGCGAUACAUCGUACGCUUUCCAAAGCCCGAGGAAAAGUAGACAGCCACGUUUGGACAGGGCAUACCGAAGAAGCGAAGUGAUGGCGGACGUGUUAUUUCAUUUCAGGCGUUUCUGAGAUGGGGAAGAAGUUUAGCCGCGUAUAUACUUGAUUUCCAAUAUGAUUAUGUUCCUACCUCAGUCCGCGCUAGCCUUCGAUGAAUUUCCGAUACAUAAAUUUACAUUGGAAUAAAAAACUGUCUUCACGUAC